AUGGCAAUGAAGCGCCUACAACAACUCGGCAACCAGCUCACACAGACCUCCUCCUCCUCCUCCUCCUCCUCCUCCAAACCAGACGCAGAGACAAUGGCACCCGCAGACUCCAAAUUCGCCCUCAACGAAAACGGCAUCCCGCCGUUCGAGUCUCUGCCCCUCGGCAAAGACGACCCGCGCUUCUCGGCCUGGGGCCUCUACGGCGACAAGGACGAGCUGGGGACGUUGAACAGGUUGACGGACGAGCGCGUCGCUGCUGCUGCGAGGGAGGAGAUUAAGACGGGCGCGAGAGUCUCCCUAAACUGGCCCCUGACAGCCCAAACCGCCCCCUUCUUCAACCGCCGCGCCUUCCACCACGACCUCUACCGCAAGCACCCGCGCUUCGUAAACGACGACGAGUGGACCUUUAAUUCGCAGUCGUCGUCGCAGUGGGACGGCCUCCGGCACUUUGGGUACCAGAAAGAAGAAAAGUUUUACAACGGCGUCUCCAUGGACGAGGUCCACGCCGUGGACGAGGAUGGGAGGCGGUCGACCGUCAAUGGGAUUCAAGCCUGGCAAAAGCACGGCAUCGUCGGCAGAGGCAUCCUCGUAGACUACCACACCUGGCGCCUCGAGCAAAACAUGCCCUACGACCCCUUUGCGCGCGACUCCAUCCCCGUCGCGGACCUCCAGGCCUGUCUCAAGGCGCAGGGCACCGAGGUCAAGUUUGGCGAUAUACUCAUCACCCGCACAGCCCAAUCCGAAGAGACCCUCCGCUGGGUCUGGUCCAACUUCUCCGCCGUGGCAGGCGACCAACCGUCCUUCGAGUGCUGGCCGCACCGCGACCCGGCGCACUGGAUGCACGAGGUCCUCCUCGCCGGCUGGGGCAUGCCCAUCGGCGAGCUGUUCGACCUCGAGGCGCUGGCGGCGCAGUGUAAGCGCGAAAAGAGGUGGAGCUUCUUCGUCGUGAGCGAGCCGUGUAAUGUUCCUGGCGGUGUUGCGAGGUAA